AUGGGUGGAGAAUCGAAUCUUCCAACAGAAGAGUCUGAGCUAGUCUCGCUCGAGAAAGAUUUCCAAGAAGUCAUCUCUGAAUUGACAGAUGAUCCGAAAGAAUUUCUCACCUCCGAAAAGGCAAAUAUCGAGCGGCUCAAUGCAGAGUUAGAAAAAGCAUGGAAACUUGUUGACGGCGCGCAUGAAAAAGAACAUCGAGCGCGAGAGACAAUCAAGCAGUUAGAGCGAGAAAUUCAAAAUCUAACCGACCUGAUUGAAUCUGGAAAGCUCUCCAACGCUAGCAACUUGAAUGAAGAAACUGAACUGAUUGGCAGACGCGAUGACGAACGUAAAACUAACUCUCAGUUGCUCGAAGAGCUGACCCAAGUCAGAGAGCAGCUAAAUCAAGCGGAUGAGAACUACUCGCGUAUUCAAAAAGAGCACCUCGAAGCGCAAGAAGCUGUGAUUGAAAUGCGAGACCAGCUCUUCAAAAAGCAAAACGAUAUCACUCAAGAGCAGAAGCGCGGUGAUGUGAUUCAACGCGACCUGGACAAGACCAGAGAAGACAUCAAGAAUCAAGAGAAGAAAGUUAAAGGACUCGAAAGCGACCUAGCAGAUAAACGAGUCCAACUUCAAGACACUGAACGACAGACUCGUGAUUUUAGAAUCGAAUGCGACAAGAAAACGAAAGAGAAUCGCCUUCUCGAAGAGCGAAUUCACAAUUUGAAGUCAAAAAUCGACUCUUUGGCUCAUGAAAAUGAGAAGUCUACGCAGGAGAUCAAUGACGGAAAGAAAGAACUGAGCAUGAAAUCAAUCGAAAUUCGAGAUCUCAACAACGAGAUAAAGAAAGUCAAGACACAACGAGAACUGGCAGAGAAGAAACUCAAAUCGAUGGAAGAAUCAAGAGCUUCGCUGGAAGAACAGCGAGAUAAUUUGAAGCGCGAAACCGCUCGACUUGAACAAGACACUGAAUCUGCUAGGAUUCAAGCUGAUUUUGACAAAAAGGAAAUCGAAAAACUGACUCGAGAACGAGACCUAAUCAACAAAACCCUUCAAAAAGCGUCCUCUCAGACUCAGAAGCAAGUGAACUUGGUAAAACUGCAUGAACAGCAAAAAGCGAACUUGGAAAACGAGAUUCAACAAUUUCGAGAUGAAGCAGCUAAACAACGAAAACUAAUCUAUGCACUUGAGAAAGAAAGAGAUAAAUACAUCAACGAAGCUUCCGAGAAAUCCCAACAAGUUCUUCAGUACCUCGAUGAAGUCAAGGAAAAAGAAAUGUCGAUUUUUGAUUUGAAGAAAGAAAUCGCCAUGGGAGAUACUAAACUCAAGCAGCAGACAAAUCUGUAUGAGGCUUGCCGCGCCGACAGAAAUUUGUAUUCGAAGAAUCUCGUCGAAGCAAAUGAUGAGAUUCUUGAGAUGAAACGCAAACAAGACUUCCUGAAGAACCAAAUCGACCAGCUCAAAUAUGAAAUCAAUGCCAAAGAAAAUGCUCAUCAUGAUGUCACUAAAGAAAUCAACAAAAUGCAAAAAGAAAAGAACGACUUAAAAGCUUUCAUCGCGACGAUGAAGGAAAGAUACAGCAAGUCCGAGGAGCAGCUGAAAGACCACGAAAAAGAAAUCGCUCGACAGCAGAGCUCCCUACGAGAAGCAGAAGCUGAGCGAAAGAAACAAAAGAACGCCCUUGAUCAGGUUGUCACCGAGAGAGAUAUUCUUGUUCGACAGCUCUUCAGACGCAACGACGAGUUAAGCCUGGUCUACGAGAAGAUCAAACUGCAACAGGCCACCAUGUCAAAGGGAGAACUUCAGUACAAGCAGCGCCUUGAAGACCUUCGAGUUUUGAAGCUUGAGAUCAGAAAGCAGCAAAGGGAAAAACAAAUUCUCAAGAAUACUCUUUCAAAUGCUGACGAGCUACGACGAGAGAUCUUCAACACACAAAAAGAGCUUCUCAAAGAACGAACGAAAUGUAGGGCUCUUGCCGAAGAGCUUGAAAAUCCAUUGAAUAUUCAUCGAUGGCGACGACUCGAGGGAAGUGAUCCAGCUAGCUACGAACUCAUCCAGAAAGUCCAGGCUCUCCAAAAACGGCUGAUCGAAAAGAACGAAGAAGUCGUAAAGACCGACAUGAUGAUCCAGGAGAAAGAGAAAAUGUACAUGGAGCUAAGAGAAAUCCUCGCUCGACAACCAGGACCUGAAGUUGUUGAGCAGCUCGCGGAGUUCAAAAACGCCCUGCGUCACAAGACAAAACAACUUAAGCGUCUUGCUGCUGAGCUUAACAUGUCUGAAAGCCAGCAGGAGCAGCAAGAGAUGGAGAUUCAUAAGAUCGCCCGAGAGCUUCAGGAAAUAAAGCAGAAAUAUCUUGCUGCUAAAAACGAGAACACGCUCGCAAAGAAGCAGAAUUCUACCAUUCUCAAAGAUCCCGCGAUGUUAUGACAGAAAAAUGUACCAGUAGCAGAAAUAGAGCCAGAAGAUGGACAAAAGGAAAAUGCCCGAGAUUGCUGGGCAGUAGCUUUUGGCAAUGCAUUUAAUGCCGAGGAUAGAAUGAUUGCCGCUGGAUUUGACAACGGAGACGUAAAAUUGUUCGACUUGAAGGCGAUGAAAAUUCAAUGGAGCACGAAUGUCCAGAAUGGAGUCUGUAGCCUUUCUUUUGAUAGAAUGGAUAUUGAAAUGAACAAAUUGGUUGCAUCAACGCUCGAAAAUAAAAUUCACAUUUGGGACUUGCGGACGCAGCACAAAACAGAAGGCUUCGCUCAUCACAUGUUUCGUCACGAGAACAAUGAUGCUAGUACGUCCACAACAGUUUGGUCAGCAGUUCAUCUUCCACAAAAUCGCGACAUUUUUGCAACUGCUGGUGGCAACGGAACGAUGAACGUCUGGCAGUAUAAAUAUCCUGACAAAAGAGUUGAAGAGAAGGGAGGCGAAAAAGUUGGCGUAGCAGGAACUGCCGAGCUCAUUCAGAAACAAAUCCUCGCCACUCAACCUAUCAACUGCAUCGACUUUCAUCCUGACAAAUGUGGCCUCGCAGUAAUGAGUGGCUAUGAUCAAGCUGUGCGCGUGGCGCUUGUGUCAAAGUUGAACAACUACUAA